AUGGCACCCAACAAGACGCUCAUCUUCAAGCAAAUCCCCAAGGGCCUCCCGGUGCCCGGCCAGGACCUCGUCGUCGAGAACCGCGACAUUGACCUCGAGACCCCUCCCAAAGGCGGUCUCGUGCUGGAAGUGCUCGAGGCCUCUUACGACCCGUACCUGCGCGGGCGCAUGCGCGACGCCGGCACCAAGUCCUACUCGGCCGCCUUUGCCCUCAACGACCCCAUCACCAACGCGACCAUAUCUCGCGUGCUCAAGAGCGACAGCCCCGGCUUCCAGCCCGGCGACCUUGUGCGCGCGCACACGCCGCUCGCCGAGUACGCCCGCGUCGAGGACCCCGCCAAGGCGCUGGCGUACAAGAUCACGAACCCGCACAACGUCGACCUGUCGUACUUUCUCGGGCCCCUGGGCAUGUCCGGCCUCACCGCGUGGUCCAGCCUGUACAAGAUUGGCAAGCCCAAGCGAGGCGAGACCAUUUUUGUGAGCUCGGCCGCCGGCUCGGUCGGCCAGAUUGUCGGCCAGAUUGCCAAGCACGAAGGGCUGACUGUCAUUGGCUCCGUCGGGUCCGACGACAAGCUCGAGUUCAUCACAAAGGAGCUCGGCUUUGACGCGGGCUUCAACUACAAAAAGGAGAAGCCCGCGGACGCGCUGCCGCGGCUGGCGCCCGAGGGCCUUGAUAUCUACUAUGAGAACGUUGGUGGUGAGCAUCUCGCGGCCGCGCUCGACAACAUGAAAAUCGGCGGCAGAAUUCCCGUCUGCGGCAUGAUUAGCGGCUACAACCAGGACGCGGGUGAGCGUGCUAGCCUCAACAACCUCUUCCAGCUGGUCGCCAAGCAGAUUCUCAUGCAGGGCUUCCUUGUGUACGCGCCCGGAUUCGGCCCGGAUUACUUCCAGGAGCAUAUGGAGAAGCUGAGUGCCUGGUUGGCCGAUGGCACGUUCAAGUCGAAACUGCACUUUACCGACGGAAUUGACAAGGCCGCUGAGGGUUUCGUCGACAUGCUCGAGGGCAAGAACUUUGGCAAGGCCAUUCUACGGAUCAAGUCUUUGAAUUAG